AUGAAAAUUAAUGAAGAAACGACUACUACAUGCAAUAAGCAGAAUGCUGGAAAAGAGUCUUCAUAUAAACUUAAAGUUAUUGACGAACAAGGAAAUCAAGUUGUUUUAGACAGACAUUUCAUAUGUCCUGAUCCAGAGAGAUUUUGUAGAACAAUGAAAUUGUCAUCAAUGUAUUUCGAUAAAGAUCCAUUAGAUCCUAAUACGAAAGUUCUUGAAGGAGAACCACAAGAAAAGCCAGAAUGGAAUUUUGAUUAUUCAGAUCUUUAUAACGAAACUGAACCAACAAAACAACCUUCAAAGAAUAACAAUAAAUUGAAACCAGGAUAUAUUGUACUUAUUGUCAUAGGAUCUCUUGUUGUUAUUGGUGCUGUUUUUGCAGUUAUUUUCAUAUUAUUCAAGAAGAAAUCAAAUAUUCCAGAAUCAGUCGAGAAUGAUCUAAACGAUAUUAAUGAAACUAAUGAAAAUGAAUAA